CGCGUGCAUAUAAGACUAGUUGUCAAAACUCAAACGUUACAGGGCACUGGUGCUUGAAUCCCGACAUUUGACGAGCCCUCACUCUUUAACUCUGAGUGCACUGGUGUGGCCGUGUGGUGGCUGGAGAUCAUCAGGUCAGAAGAAUGAGCCAAAAGAGACCUCCCCCGGAUCCGAUUGCAGUGCUCAGAGGCCAUCGUGCAUCGGUUAUGGAUGUUUGCUUCCAUUGGAGUAAACCCUUGUUGUUUUCUGGUUCAACAGAUGGUGAAUUAAGGAUAUGGGACACUGCUCAACAUCGAACAUUAUCUUCUGCAUGGGUUCACAGCGCGGCUCAUGGGAUAAUGUGUGUUGCUUCGGAUCCUUCCAUUGGAGAUGGAAACGUUCUUAGCCAGGGUAGGGAUGGAACAGUAAAGUUGUGGGAUCUCGAAAAUGGAGGACUUUCCAGAACACCCUCAGUGACCAUUAAAACGAAUUCUUAUCAUUUUUGCAAGCUGUCAUUGGUGAAGAAGCCCAUUAUCCAGGUGAAGCAUGUUGAACCUUCCAUUCAGGAGCAGCAUGUAGAUUGUAGUUGGGAUGUGGCAGCGGAAUCUUUGGGUGAUUCUUCUAUGAAGAUGCCAGAAUAUCAACCAGAACGUUCAGAGGAUGUCCAGAGUGAAGGACCUACAUAUGUUGCUGUUGCAGGAGAAGAACCCUCUCAGGUUGAGAUUUGGGAUCUGAAUACUGCAGAGAGGUGUGCAGUACUUCCUCAAAACUCUUCAACUGGACUCAUGAGCGACUCUGAGAGAGGGAGAGGAAUGUGCAUGGCUGUUCAAGCAUUUAUACCACCUAAGUGCCAAGGAUCCCUACACAUCUUGGCUGGUUAUGAGGAUGGGACUAUGGCAUGGUGGGAUAUGAGGAACACCGCAAAACCAUUGACUUCUGUGAAGUACUAUUCAGAGCCAGUUGUUAGCUUGGCAGUGGAUCAAUCAUGCCAUGGAGGCGUCUGUGGGGCUGCAGAUGACAAAAUCCUUCUGUUCAAUAUGGAUUUUGAUAUGGGUACGUGUGCGGUCAGAAAAGAAAUUAGUUUGGAGAGACCCGGAAUUGCAGGAACUUCAAUUCGUCCAGACAGUAAAAUUGCUGCUACUGCUGGAUGGGACCGCAGAGUCAGGAUAUACAACUAUCAAAAAGGAAGUGCUCUAGCAAUACUCAAGUAUCACAGUGCAAUGUGCAAUGCGGUGUCAUUCUCGAGCAACUGUAAACUCCUAGCAUCUUCGUCGGAAGAUACCACAGUUGCUUUAUGGGAGCUUUAUCCACCUCGAAACACAACUGAUGCGAUAUCAGUCUUAUGCAUCUGUACCGUUAUCCAGGUGCUAUCUUUUAUCACCCUCGCUCAUCUUAUUUAGCUGCAACAUUCCACUUACUUUAUAAUACUUCUUUGUUCUUUUUUUGACAUGCUAUAUAUAUAUUUUUGUGUCUAUUUACGAUAGAAAGAUCACUUUUGAUAUGAAAAAUGCAAAACUAACAAACUACUCCGUGUAGUAGCUAAUUCAAUCUCAAAAAAUAGUUAAGAGUUUGAAUUUUUUA